AUGCACAACUUGUUCCUGGGCGAGCUUCGUCACCACUGCCGCGACGUAUGGGGAAUCAACGUCAAGGACAAAUCAUCUGAUUCCCCUAAGCUCGCGCCGCACGACCCCGACGAGCAGCAAGUCUGGCUCGACAGGGUUGCGAGCUACGUUCGGAGGGGCUCACAAGCUCGUCUGUCCAAGAUCCGCAAAGGUUACAUCGCCGCGGUUGCAGAGUUGAACGACGCCAUGCCGACUGCCUCGAAGUUCGCGAAGAAGGACUAUAUUGCAUCUCUACUCCAAUGGUGGACGACUUCUCCGGGAGAGAUACGCCUGCCCCCCGUACUUGCAGAGCCAACUACGGAGUUCCAGCUCAUUCGAGAUCAGUACGACAUCUCGCGGUUCAGCAUUCUAGAUCAAGAAACUGUCACCAGCCUGCGCGCAGACAUCGCAGCCACCUCCUUUCCAUCGUGGCUGGAACGACCUCCGCGAAACUUUGGCAGCACCUCACACGGUAAACUGAAGGCCGAUAUGUGGCGGACCGUCUGUACGGUGAGUAUGGUCAUCACGCUCGUACGACUAUGGGGAGGUCGCGAGGCCACCGAGCGACAGCGGGCGCUGCUCGAGAACUUCGUCCAUCUGGUCUCCGCUGUCGACCUCGCCGCUCGCCGCUCGACGAACCAGGAACGCAUCGACAAAUACGAUCGUCAUAUGUUGGAUUAUCUCACGUCACUCCGUGAUCUCUUCGAUCACCAACUCGUUCCCAACCAUCACCUCUCCCUCCACUUGAAGGAAUGCUUGGAGCUCUUCGGUCCCGUCUCCGCGUGGUGGGCCUUCCCAUUCGAGCGGUUCAAUGGGUUGCUCCAGCGGCUCAGCACUAAUAGCCAGACAAGUGAUAUGCCCCUCACCUUCAUGCGUUACUUCUACCUCGGUGCUAACUUGCGGGCGUUGAUGGAAGAGACGGAUUGGCCUGACAAGCCUGAGUUUCGGGCCAUGAAGAACGCGUACCUCGACGCUGUGCGUGACGCCGUGCGCGGGACACGCCUGGCCGACUUCUACUCAGCCCAUGGCGACAUGGCUCACCCGGAGCUGUCCUCGGUGUUCAACGAGCACAAGCUGGAAAAUCUCCCCUCCACUAUCUAUGACACCUUGUAUACUCGGAUCUCCGUUCUGGAUGGGAACAUCUUCGCCCCGAUCUUCGCUGAGUUGGAUGAUCUCCGUCUGCGCCUUCCUCUUGGUGCUCAACACGUCUCUUCCUUCGCUCACCGCGGGGCGACAUACGCCACGAGCAUCUCAUCACGCAACAACUCGUUCGUACUCUUCGACACACCCGGCACCUCCGUCCCGAUGGCCGGCAUGAUCAAGGACAUAUUCCUACACGGUCGGCUGGUACAAGGCAAAGCGAUCAUAGAACCAUUCUUCGUGGUCGAAGAAUAUGUCCCCCUUUCACUCGAACAUGCUACUCUGGACCCUUACCGCCGCUUCGAGGACCUCGGGACCCGUCUUUUCUAUCACCGUACUACGGAAACUCCCAAGCUCCUCGCCCUCCAAGAUAUCCGGUGCCAUUUUGCGGGGAUGACGUACACCCCGGACGGCAUCGGCGAAGAAUGCAUAGUGGUACGGUCGCUUGAUCGGGUGAGUGUGAAUAGCACUAUAAAAUAA